AUGACUCAAUCCGAGCUUUCAGAGAAUUUGAACAGCCCCGCCCCAUACUAUUGUGGGUUAAGAGCUUCUGAUAUAGGUUCUCAACAAGCCGAAGCUCUAGUCGCUUCAACAUCUGGGACUUUUGAGAGUUCUGAACCACCCGAAACAGUAAAUAAAAAGCCCAAAGAUAGUAAGUCACCUGAAUCUAUUGAGCCUAUAAGUGAAGUGCUAGAUAUAUCUCCUAAAAAAACUGAUUUUUCAAGCCUAUCAAUGAAGUAUCAUUUGCUAUACUUUUGA